AUGAACUCCAGACCAAGCGCUUCCAUUGGGCGUCAACGCAGAUUAACAUUACUCGACGCCAACGAAGAUGUCGAUGUUUACAUUUCAAUUCCCACCGACAAAGGCUACGGCUGGGUAAUUGUUGCCGCUGCAUUUCUCGGAAAUGUUCUCGUUGACGGCGUCACAUUCAAUUUCGGGUCAUUUUUGAAACCAAUGUGCGAUACUUUCGGCGUCAAAACUGCCAGUAUUGCCUUGUUGCUGUCCGUUCAAAGUGGAAUUUAUUACAUGUCCGGACCAUUCAUAAGUGCUUUGAUAAACAAAAUAGGAUUCCGCUUAACUGGACUAAUUGGAGCUGUAUUAUCGAGCAUUGGACUUUUAUUAUCGGCUUAUGUCGAAUCUCUUCCCUUGAUUUCAAAAGAAAACGAAUCGAUUGCAGCUGGACUCGGCUAUGGGAUUAUAAAUUGUACGGGAAUCCUCAUAACGGGACAUUAUUUCGAGAAAUAUCGUGCUUUGGCGAACGGAAUUACGAUGAGUGGCUCCGGGGCGGGUACUGUGCUCAUUGGACAACUUGUGACUUUUUUGCUGAAGAAGUACGAGAACGACUGGCGACGCAUUUUGAAGAUUUUAUCAGCUUUGUUCUUGAUGACGUUUCCAGUUGUAGCGACUUAUAGGCCUAUAAAACAGAAAAAAGUUAAAAUUACAGAGAAGAAAUUGGCUUUCGAGGAUGACGAAGACUCAAAUUCAUCGAGAAUUACAAUUGAUUUUACCAAAUCUCGGAUUUCGAUGCUUCCAACGUUGUCCAUUUAUACAAUUUCGGAGGAGGAGUCGUAUGAAAGUGUUGGAAUGAAAGAACCAAUUAACGUUCCAAACACUCCCCCAAUAAAUCCAAAGACCCGUUUCCGCAUUUUUUGCAAGAAAAUCUGCCCGUGUCUCUUCCGCGAACGCAAAAAAAGUCUCAAAUUCGGUCGAAAAGUCUUCUCGAGACCAGUUUAUCGUGACGAUGCCUUUUACACGCACAGCAUGGCACUCCUGCCCGAAUAUGACGAGAUCAAAUCCCUAAUCCGCUCGAAUUCAAUUUCACCCAGCUACCUCAAUAGACAACAGAUGGACGACGAAACAAUUCCGUAUCACUUGUCGGUGGCUCGAGUUCCGUCGUACGAUGAAUUUUCAAAGGAAAAAUCGUGGAUAGAUGGUUUUACGGGCACCAUUGUACGGACACUUGCGCUGUUAUUUGAUCCGAAAUUCUUUAGAAUUGCGACGUUUUAUUUUGUGGCGUUUGCCAUGAUGAACAAUACGGUUGGGAUGAUGUUGCCGUCGGUCUUUUUGAUUGAUCGAAUAAAGCAAGAACCUGACAGUGACGAAAGAGUUCAAUAUUUGAUGUUGGCAAUUGGAGCAAGUAACAUGAUGGGAAGAUUCUCAUCGGGGUCGUUAAUUUUCUGUAAAACUGCAAGUGCGACACUUUUUGCAGCUUUUGGGGCUUUGACGUGUGCUAUUAGUUGCUUUUCGAUCGCUUUUGUGGAGAAUUCUCACAUGACAGCGCUGAUUUUACUCUGCAUAAUUUUCGGCUUCUCCAUCGGAUUUUCCAAUUCCCUGCGAACAAUAAUUUACGUCGAAAAUUUCGGCCUCGAGAAUUUAACGAACGUUUAUGGACUUGUAUCUGUCGCUAUCGGAAUCGGAGCUAUUUCUGGCCCACUAGUUGCUGCAUAUCUCAAAGACACAACUCACGCUUACAUUUGGAGUUUCAUCUAUGGCGGCAUAAGUCUCAGUUUAGCAACUCUUGCUCUAUUUUUGACAGUAAUUCUGCGAAAACGAGAGCAAACACGACAAUAA